UCUGCACGCAUCAUUUGAAGCCAACAAUGGGGAGACGAGUCAGAAAGAAGGCCAAAACCGCCUCCCCCACCGGGAGAUGCCCCUCCCCCAGAAGGAAGCAGCGAGCGUCAGGGAAGGGCCGCAAGAUCAAAGGGAUCCAGAGAUGCGCAAGUGAGUGUUCAGGACGUCAGUCGCCACACACAUGUCCAUAGCGCACAGACACACACGCAGCCAUCGGAUCAGUGAGUCCAUCAGUGAGUCCGUCCGUCAGAGACGCCACAAAUACCCCAUCCUAUGGCUGACUGCACACGUACAGUACAUGUGGUGUGUGUGCUCUGCUGUGCUGUGCUGUGCUGUGCUGUGCUGUGCGUUGGCGGUUAUGUGCUCGCGUCGCCCUGGGCAGCCAGGAAGGCGUGGAAGGUCUGAAUGAAGCGAUACAACGGACAGACAGGAAACACACGUAGCUGGCUGGGGUGGGUGUUGCAGUCUUCAUGUGUGUGGACGGACCUGUAUCGAUGUCUGGUAGGACUGGAACGAUGAGAGGUCCUGGGGCACCUCACACGCCUACACACACCACACCACACCACACACACACAUCCAGGUGUGAAUGGCUCGACUGCCCCAUGCCGUGCACUCACUGCUGACUGACUGACUGACUGAGUGCCUGACCUCGUGAAGGCCCUGUGAGAUCUGUCCCAUCGAUGACGCCAUUCUCGACACAAUGGCAUCCAGAUGAGCCAGCUCCUGUGGGGGAUACGUCUGCAGGCAAGGCAAGCACAUCACAAGUCUGUCAUAGAAGCGAUUGGGCUGGGCGAGGAGUGCAGAGCAGACACAAGACAAGUACGUCUAAGUGUACACACUCUCACAGCCUGCACAGCCUCGUCGACCCGGGCAGCCACAUCCUCGCAGUGGCGCCCCAGCUGCUCCAGCUGCUGCACUCGGUCGCCGUCACAAGACCCCUCGGCAGUCACGCCCUUGGUCAGCGCAUGAAGCGUUUCUGAGACCCACACGAGGGGGAUGGCAUGGGUGUGGAUCAGGCUAUGCUGGUUGCACAUACGUACCUUUCAGGAGUUCUCGUGUCGACGUCAGCAGCUCGGCCACCUUCUCCGCCACAUCACUGCAACCAGCCAGCAGACAGACAGACAGACCGACAGAUGGAUGCACGUCGACUCGAUCUCACUCCCUCCCUCCUCGUACAGCUGUUGUGGUGUCAUCGUGUCUUCCUCCAUCAUGUCAUCACAACUGUCCAGCUCGGCAUCGUCCGACCCGUUCCCGGCCUCCCCGCCCUCCUCGUGGCUGUUCAUGUCGUCCUCGCCGCCCUGCUGGCCGUUGCCCUCCAGCUCUCGCUGCCGUGACACCUCGCCCAUGAGCUCUCGCUGGGCGUCCUUGACGGUGGCGAAACACGACAGGAUGUGACGCUUGACCGACACGGAGUUGUUCAGGGGGACCUUUGUCAGCUUCUUGCACCGAUCCAGCACCACACCCACUGACUCAACACACCACACCCAGGCAGGCAGAACCAAAGAAAUAGAGCGAAUGAGUGAGUCGUCUGCUUGAGCCGCACGCACCUACCUGCCACGGCGAUCUUUCUAUUCCGAUCAGGGGUGCUGUCGAGGUCCGUCUGCUGCUCGGCGAUGCCGAUCAAGUCCUGACCAAUGCGAUGGAAUGCACUCUUGUAUCCCAAUCAAUGAGUGUGCGCUGCGCCCCUUCUCUGCCGUGCACCACAGCACACCGCACCACCCGCACCUGUAUGGCUGAUGUGAGGCUUCCACCCCAGGUUUGCAGAUCGUCAGAGAGCGUUGGGCCGGCAUUGGCGGAGUCACGAAUGGCAGACAGAGUGGCCAAGACGGCCAUAUAGACGUCGAACAGGCUGUCCCUCGCUGGCAGCAGCGACGCCAGCUCAGAAAGAGGCGUCGUGCACAGGGCAGCACCGAACUGAUCGGUCACCACACACGAACAGAGCACAGAUCACUGCGUGUCCUGGAAUGCUCGAGACCUGUCACCUUUGCCAUUUCAUGUUCGAAUCGUUGGAGGACGCGCUGGAUGUCCGCCGGCUGGACGAACUCAGACGGGCCGUGGUGGCCGCCGUGCAGCAGCAUGGGAGGGCUCAAACGCUGCACAAGCAGAUGACCACAUGAAUGAAGGAGAGCUUGACGCCCUGCAUCCCACCCAUCUGUGUGAUCUCUCGUGCGAUCUGCUCAUCACAUGCCUGCCGCACAUCCUCCCACAGGUGCUGGAACGGGCCGUACAUCAAACGCGCCAAGCAAGCCUCACAGUGGAAGAUGCAUAUCGUGUCAUUUGAGAUGCAUCAAUGCGACGUGCAUGGCAACGCAUGGGAACACUCUUGCA